AUGACUCAAGUAUUUGAGGAUGUGAGUAGUAGAGCCCCAUUCCUGCGUGAUCGACCUCGAGGUCUGGGACUCCUUCAAUUGCCCACAGGAAUGACGGACGAACGUUCAGCACCAUUCUUUCCAAAUUUGUACAUAGCUGGAGACAAGGCUGGUGAGAAACCAGCAUCCGUGCCAGACGUUCACCUUCCAGGACAGGUGGCAGUAUUCAGUGGACGAUCUGCGUUCAAUCCAUUUACUCAAGCAGUAGCAGCCACUUUCAACGAAGACCUCACAGACUCGUGGGGAUCGGGUUUUGCCGUCAAUGGAGCAAACAACUUUAACUUACAAGUGCGACGUAAUUUUGAUCAAUAUGCCGAUGCUCCACUGAGUCGUAACGAUGGUAUGUACCAACCGUUCUUGACGGCCGGUACAGUUGGUGCUGAAUACGACUUCAGUAAAAUUCGAGAAGUUGCAGGGCAUUUCGAUAUACCGAUUCCUGGCGUGAAUGAACUGUUCGACUUUGAUGGAAGGAUAAUGCUAAAAGGAUUCGGCAAUGGCAUUCUAAACAGUGCUAUGGAGUUUCCGUUGACACUGUCGGAUCCGAACGAGCGAGCGCCAUUCACAUUCAAAUAUUUGAACUUCAUGGCUGAUCGGCACAUGCAAUAUGGCCAUGUAGUGCCGAAUCUAUUUUGUGGUUCAGCUACCUUCAUCCGUGAUCGUCCUCGAGGUCUCGGCCUACUACAGCUGCCAACUGGUAUGACUGAUGAACGUUCAGCACCGUUCUUUCCGAAUCUAUCUUCCUUCAAUCCGUUUACACAGGCCGUCGCUGCCACCUUCAAUGAAGACCUGAUAGAUUCAUGGGGUGCUGGUUUUGCAGUCAAUGGUGUAAAUAAUCAUGAUCUGCAAGUUCGACGUAACUUCGACCAAUAUGCCGACUUAGCGUUCGAGCGCAAUGAAGGCACAUAUCAGCCGUUCUUGACGGCCUUCACUGUAGGAUCUGAGUACGAUCUUUCGAAAAUUGUGGAAGUUUCAGGCCACUUUGAUCUGCCGAUUGUUGGGGUUAACGAGCUUUUCGACUUUGAUGGACGUCUUAUGGUGAAGGGACUCGGAAACGGAAUUCUGAACAGUGCUAUGGAGUUCCCAUUGACACUAUCGGAUCCGAAUGAACGAGCCCCUUUCACCUUCAAGUACUUGAAUUAUCAAGCCGAUCGGCACAUGCAAUACGGCCAUGUGUUUCCGAAUGUGAACCUGUUCCUUGUCGGAAAGGACAAGAUUAUGGAACGACUCACUCAGAACCGACUCAACCCAACAAUGAUUGGCUGA